AUGGAGGAGGAGGAGGCGAAUCUGAGCGCCGGCGACGGCGAGGAGGAAGAGGAAGCGGCGGAGCACGCCUCCGGCGGCGGCGGGUUGGACUUCGACCCGACGGAGGACGAGCUGGUGCUGCACUUCCUGCGCCCGCAGCUGCGCGGGUUCCCGCCGCGCGUGGCGGGCGCCGUGCUGGAGGCGGACGCCUGCGGCGCGGCACCGUGGGAGCUGCUGGCGCGGUACGGCCUGCGGGAGCGGGGCCACUUCUUCGUGGCGCGCGGGCGGGGGCGCGGGCGGACCGCAGUGCGCCGCGCCGUGGCCGGCGCCGGCUCCUGGAUGCGCAGCGCCACGAGGCUCGGGCAGUCCGUGACGGACCUCGGCGUCGUGGUGCGGUGGAGCAGGGCCAAGUUCUGCUUCUACGUGCCCCAGCCGGGUUUGGGGCCGGGGCCGGGGCAGGGGCGGCAGCUGCGGAGCGCCGGGUGGGUGCUGGAGGAGUACCAGAUCACGGACCCGCGGUGCUACCGCCGCGCCGACGAGGAGGAGGAGGACCGGUACUGGGUGCUCUGCCGCGUCAGGAGGAGCGGAGAUCAUGGGCGGCGGACAGAGGCUGGGGCUGGAGCUGGGACGCCGCCGCCGGGCUGGAACAGGGUUCCGGAGUGA